AGUUAGAACACGUCGGGAGCGUUUCCGUCACGGAAAGGUGCGCCGUAGGUGUAGUUGAAGGUCGGUCUGUCGGUUUGAGCAAGAGCAGACUUAACUCCACAGUUUCUCGUGUCCCGUGACACCGUGUAAGUACACAGUUUGUAAAAUGGGCGACUCCACUUGGUUCUGGCUGGCGGGGGUGCUGCUUCUACAAGCGGCCCAGUCCAUUGAAGGCGCCGGAGGGGCUGUUUGGACUUACAGUGGCAACACAGGCCCCACCCACUGGGCGAAUGCUAACAACAGUUGCGGCGGGAAUUCUCAGUCACCAAUCAACAUCCAGUAUUCCCCAGCGAAGAGGCAGUCCUACGCAGACUUCGCGUUCCAGGGGUACAGCACUGCGCCGUCCGACGCAACCAUGGAACUCUACAAUACUGGACAUGCCAUUAACGUGAACCUGGGAUCUGCCAGCAAAGGUUUUUCUGUGUCAGGAGGCGGGUUAACGGGAACGUACCACACCGCGCAGUUCCACUUCCACUGGGGGAGCGUGGCGGACCUGGAGGCCGGCGGGUCCGAACACACCCUGGAGGGCAAGGCUUAUCCUGGCGAGGUUCACUUCGUGCACUACAGUGGGACUCAUGCCGAUCUUGGCGCGGCAGUGGCGUCAGGAUCUUCCACAGCGCUGGCGGUACUCGGGUUCUUCCUGGAGCUUGACGACAACGACAACCCCGGUCUGAACCCCAUCGUCAACAACAUCGGAGGUGCUGCUUACGCUGGUAACCGUUCAGCCUUCUCCCAGACCUUCACGUUCGACAGUUUCCUGCCGGCCGACAGGAGCAGGUUUUACCGCUACAGCGGCAGCCUGACCACCCCCGGCUGUAACGAGAUUGUGGCAUGGACCGUCUUCGAGGACACCAUCAAGAUAUCCAGGAACCAGUUGAACACUCUCCUGCGUGCCACCUACUUCGAAGCCGAGGCGGGCCAUGAACCGGAGGCGAUGGCUAACAACUUCCGUCCCGUCCUGGUCUUGAACUCACGAGAAGUGCAUCGCUCGUUCGAGAGGAGCGGCACCUGGCGCAUCUUGCCAGCAUGGCAGGUCAUCGGUCUUGGUGUCCUCAUUUUGGCAGGCUUCUAGUGGGUUCCAUGAAUUGUAUUAUCAGUUAUGGACACCCUGAAUUGGAUGCUAUUAACUUGAUGUAUUACGACAAUGAACACCAAAAGAAGCAUUAGCAUACCUUUGCUAAUUUUUAAUUUGGCGUACCAAAUACAACUAUCUAAAACCAUUUGCCACAGAUCAACAUAGACCAAAAUCUCAGAAAACAAUUACAAAACAAUGUAACACAUAAUAAACUAGUCCACAAACGUCAAUCCAGAACAGUACUCAUUCGGCAAUAUCUUGAUGUUUAUGACAUCAUCACUACAUGGCUCUGAUAAACAUGCAUAUUCACAAAGAUUAACAACUUCAGUAUGAUUUUGCAAGAAAUGAAACUAAACAAGACAUCCAAAAACUGACUUCUGAUAUUCAAAGUGUCCAGGAAAAGACUGGAUGGAUUCUGAUGUUAACGAUUUGUUUUAGAUCUGUUCUGUUUUAUAAGGGCUCAGGGUUUCGGUGCAAUAUAAUCAAGACUAUACAAUCCUAGUUGCAUAUAUUUUAUGGUAAGCACAAGCAAUCAAAAGACAAAUCAAAAUCCAUUCAUAAUAUCACCACAACGAAAUGUGUGUUACAAAGAACCGUUUCAAUACCUUUUGCCAAAUUAUAGAACUUGAUCACAUUAUAAUCUGCAUAUGUGUCUACUAUCAUGAAAUGGAAUAAUGAUAUCCUAUUCACGUAUAUUGAAGAUAUUGGGAUGAAAAAGAGUAACGUUUUUAGUAUAUAAUUUUCGCCACGAAUUGCGUGUUAUUGUCAACAAGGCAGACUGGCAAUUUUCUACCGUAACAACUGUUUUGAGAUUACCUUAUUCAAGGAGGUU